UAGUUGUCUUCUUCUCAAACAUAUCUCAACUUAUUGUUUGAAACUAAAAAAGAAGAGACCACCAAACAAAAACAAAAAUGGCGUCCAAAGCCAUCUUCUUCUCUUUCUUAGUCGUCUCCACCGUGUGUUUGUUCUCUCUCGCCGGUUUUGCGGCCGCUGAUGCUGACGAUUUUGACCUUUUCCAGAUUCAAGGAUCUGUUUACUGUGACACUUGCCGUGUCCAAUUCGUUACCCGUCUCAGCAAAUUCCUCGAAGGUGCGAAAGUGAAGUUGGAGUGCAGGAGCAGAACAAACGGAACCCUAACGUUGACUAAAGAAGCCGUUACCGACAAAUCAGGAAGCUACAAGAUGGAAGUAACCGGUGACCACGAAGAAGAAGUUUGCGAGCUCGUGUUGGUCCAAUCACCAGACAGUGGUUGCAGUGACGUCAGCAAAGAGGCCUAUUUACGUAACGCCGCUAAGAUCAGUUUAACCGCGAAUGACGGAAUCGUCUCUCACGAGACUCGUAUCGUUAACCCUCUCGGUUUCAUGGUUAAGACGCCGUUAGCUGAUUGUCCCGCCGCUUUCAAGGAGCUCGGUAUUGUCCCUGACGUCACCUUUUAAGCGAAGAAAGAAAAUAUAUUACAUGAGAGAUAUUAAUUAAUUUCUACUUGCUUGAUCUUAAAGGGGUUUCCGUCAAGUUUAUCAAUGAUUUAUUAUCAUGAAUGAAUUAAUAUCUUCAUCAUUUAUUGAGGUUAAUUUUUUGCUUUUUGUUUUUGUUUAA